GCUCGGCAUUGUUGGACUAUAUAAGCGCAGAGCGGCCGCCACGACCUGCUCAGUUUCAAGUUUGUCUUCCAAGAGUUAACAGUGAUUGCAAAUAUGAAGAGCGUUCUAGUGUUUAUUUUUGCCUUGAGCGCUGUCGCUUACGCCUACCCCAGGCCGGGUGACAAAGAAGAAACAGAGGAGAAGGAUGACUACCUUCCCAAGCGCAACGGUGAUGUGGACCUCUUCUACGUUCCUCUGCAGCGAUCAUUCCCCAGAAGAACUCCGUUCCAGUUCACUCUGACCGACGACCUCGUGCCUCCCCCCUUCCACCAAGACCCAUUCUUCCGCUCACCCUCCAACCCAUGGGCCUCUCCCGCUGAGGAGGAUCCUCAAAUGAACAACCUGAUGAGGGAAUUGCAACAGAUGCUGAACGACAUGAGACGUCAGGUCACAGAGCUCCUCCACAAGAACCGACCACAGUUCCCGGAGAUUGAAGUAGAUGACAGUGUUGGAACCAGGGUCGGUGGAACUGACGAUGCUCCCAAGAAUAAGACUACUUCCACUACCAAGGUGAUUGACGGACAUGUCGUGACAGUCAAUGAGACAACCUUCUCAAGUGGAGAUGACAACAUGGGAGCAGUCUUCCGUAUCAAGGUAGUCGAAGUCCAUCCUUCCGAGACACCAGAAACCGAGGAAACAGAAUCUGAGAAAGAACCUGAGAAACCCGUAGAACCUGAAAUUGCUGAGCGCGAACCCACAACCAGUAGGUCGGAAUUGGACGAUAAUCAUGAAGAAACAAACGAAAUUCCCAAUGCGAAGGUCCAAUACGAGAUGAACCCUGAGUUGGAUCCUUCACUCAACGAAAUCGAGGAUUUCUCUGUAGAUGAGUUCGGUCCGCACAAAGAGAACUUCCACGACUUGAGCGAAGACACCAAAGUGAACGAUUACCUCGCUGACCAAUCACAGCACCAACAGCUCAUCAUGAUGGACCCAGACUCGGAAUUCAUCCAAACAGAAUUCCGCUCAGUUUACCCUCAAAGAAAUGAAAGAUUAGAGCGAUUUAGAUACCUUUAAGUUUGAGUUGACGAGAGAUUAGGGUUACCAGAAAAUUUGCAUUUGAUUAUUUCUGUUCUUGGUUAGAGAAUGUUGAAGAUAAACGUAAUUUUGAAUGCAUCACAAAACUAUCACAUAUAAAUUACUUUUGCAAAUGCAAUUCUGGUAACUGAGGUUCGGCUAAACUCUUUUGCACUGUUUAAUUUCCUUGUUUUCCAAUGUUGUUUUACAUUGUACAACUUGGUUAAAAACAUUUUUUUUUCAAAAUUACUUUAAACAAGUGCGACUGAGUUUAGUUCAUGUAUUAGUUUUGAAAAUGAAACAAACGAAUAUACAAUGAAAAUUAUUAAAUGCAUACACCAUGACUUGCCUUUUGUAGUGAACUAGCAAAACUUUCUUGUCUUUUAUUACUCGUUGUGACUAUUUCUUUAUGUGAUAUUUAUAGUUUUAAGUUUUUAUUUAGGUUUCUUGCCAAAAAAAUCUUGUUGUGACUUAAUUUCUAAGACUGUUCUAGAUCUGAAUUAAAAACAAUUUUUAUUCACCUUUUUUAGGAUAGCUAACUUCUGAUGUAUACGUUAUAUUGCAUAAUCAGUAUUACUAUUUUAUAUUUAUUAAAUCCAAGUAUUACCUUUAAGAUCAAAUAAUGUUGAUUGAUUAAAGAUCCGCAUUUUCAUAUUGAUUCAAACACGUUUGGCCACCACCUACAUUUUAAUGAUUCAACGACUGUAAAUUUUCCAAUCUUUUACAAUAUAAAUGUUUUAGUUUGA